AACAAUGUCAGUCUGAUCUAACCAUAUAAUAAAAUAAUAAAAAUCUCCCAACCCCUUUAAAUUUUUAGUUAAAAUGUCGAAAAAUGAUGAUGGCCUUUUUCUUUUGGAAGCGUUUAUCGAUAAAAUAGUUUUCGUCAAAAGCCCUUGUUUUUCAGAUCGAGAUUUCAGAACUUGUGUAAACAUUGAAUGUUCCUCUAUUGAGCCUCUUGAGAUAUGUGAUGAUGACACCACAGAAUGUAUCGCACGAAGUGGAGGGCCGUUUAUAAAAACCUUCAAUUGCGGAAAGUCCUGCCUUUUUUCACUAAAAGAAAGCGAUAUAAGUACUGCAAUGAGCAAGUUUCCAAUUAAAAUAACUGUUUAUAAAUCACUUCCAUGUGGCUGCCUUCCAACAAAAAUUAUUAUGGGUCAAUGCACAAUAGAUAUGACGAAAGAAUUUGUCGAAACUCGCAAGAAAUUUUUAGAAGACCCUACAAGUGUUAGUUAUGAAGCGCUAAAAGAUUCAUUUAGAAUUGUCGAUCCAGAAGGCGAAGAGACUGGAGACAUAGUUAUGUUUUUACGUAUAUCUUGUUUUGGGAAGUUAAUAAUAACGAAAUUCCAAGGCUCAGGCGUUCCUACUUUGGGAGCGGGAGGCAAAAGUACUUCCGGUGUUAUAGAUCGAUCAUGUGCACCUCGCAAAGAUUUUCAGACAAUGGAUGAUCCAUGUGUAUGCGGAGCUGCAAGAGGACAUGGACGCAGUGGAAUUGGCGGAAUAGAAGGCAACACAUGCUCAGGAGCCAAUGCAGUUUGCCCACCAGCUCCAGAUCUCUACAACAGCAUGCCAUGCCAAGAUCCUGAUGAUCCUUGUUAUUGCACUGGCCCAAAACCACAACCAAAGCAACAAAUGCUUUGUAGAAAUACCGAUCAAUAUUGUUUACACGUUCCCAAAGGUGUCCGGAGCUUGCCGUUUUAUCAAGAUCUGAGUCAUGAAAUACAAAAAUCCGAUCUUAUAAGGUCCAUCUUGGAGCUUCAGCAUGUUGAGUUUCUUGCCAAUAAGAAAUAUAUGAAUAUAAUUCUGAUGUCACCGGACAACUAUAGAAGGAACUAUUUAGAGAGGUCUCAUCUGAAACAAAUAAACAACAAUACAUCAAAUGAUUCAAUCAUAAGUGAAAGUAACUGUAAUUCAAUAACUUUUAAAAAUGGUCAGUAUAAUACGUUAUUUAAAGCUGGCAAUCCCGGGAAAAAGCCUUUGUUUGGACAAAGAGAGACAACAGUUUACAUGGCUUUCUUCAAUAAACUUUGCGAUUACCAAACAUCAGGAACACAGGCCACAGCCUCUAUCAAUAAAUGUUUUCAAGUUAAUGGCACAUCAUUACCACUGAAUUAUUCCAACGCAUCAUCAUUUUCUACGUCUAUGGGAACUACAUCAACAACGCGAGAUAUUUCUCGUUACUAUAAUGAUAAAGAAAGAUAUGUCAAUGUUUACCUUUUUGGACGAAAUAAAACUAAUCAAAAGGGGUUGGGAGACCCAAACACAAAACCGAAACGUACCGUUGACAAAUCAAGCAGUAGUGCUACCAAAUGUUCAGAUGCGAGGAUUGGACCAUGUGAUUCUAAGCCUAUAAUAAAAAGUAAGAAAUCUCACAACAAAAUGAAAAGUCAAAAUACCAGCUCUAGUCAGACGAAAUCCGUACGAGGCACAACAACCGCUACUAAUGCUCUUAAAUCUGUUUCGAUAAAAGAUGAUAAACUGAACAAGCCAUGUCCAGCUAUAGGUGUAACUGAAGGUGAUAUGAUGGUUACUAUUUCACAUAUCAAAAUUGCCCCUAGAGAAACUUGCCCUGUUCAUGGAAAAGAGCCUUGUCAAGGUCCCAAGUGUAUAGUUGCAGCAGCGGGGGCAGAUAAAGCUCCUGUUAAAGUAUCAACAAGUGCUAAUCCUAGAAGAGGAGUAUUUGAAUUAGUUAUCAGAAGAAUGACUGGAGCUCCUUUAGCCAAAAACGAACUGAUGUUGGAGUGGACUCCUCCACCAUCCCAUCCUCCACCAUGCUCAACGCCAUGCCCCAUGCCUUGUCCAGUCCCAAUACCCUGUCGACCAUCUAAAUGUAGAAUGAUUGUUUGUAGACCUUCUCCAUGCAAACCUAAAUGCUUCAAAAAGAAACCUUGUGGUCAACCUUGCUUUAAAUGUUGUAAGCCCCCAUGUAAGCCUUGUCCAAUACCUCGAUACAGAAUAAGUCCUCCAUGUAAUCCGUGCUCGGCAUGCUGUGUAUUUCCACCGCCAUUUUGCAAAAAGCCUUGUGCACCGCCAUGUUGUGGUUCACCUUGCGGUGCUGGUUCAUGCAAAAGCUCUCCGUGUCUUCGACCAUGCCCAGUUGGACGGAAACGUACACGUAGAACCAAAAGUCAACCGAAAAUAAGAGGGCAUCGUAAACGUACUUCUCCGUGCAAUAAUCGUAAGAAAACAUGCCCUGUCGUAAAAUGUCGAAGCAUGCCUGGUUGUUGCGACUCACCCCCACUAUGCCCACCAAGAAAGUGCUGCUCCGUAUUGCAUUGCAAACCGAAAUGUUGUUAAAGCUAGCUUAUCUUAAUCGUAGCUUGAAACACGAAGUCGAAUAAUUCAGUUUAUCUACAUUACUAAACGAACAAAACCCUUAAUAAACAACAUUAAAUCAA